AUGAGAUACUACCUCCAAAUGCUGGGGGUCCCAUCAAAACUUACAAGCCCGUGCUUUAUGCUCUUCUUUGAUUCCAAAAGAUAUUUAUUUAACGCAGGAGAAAACCUGCAAAGGUGUCUUCUCGAGUCAAAGGUCAGAAAAAGCAAAAUUACGGAUGUAUUUUUGACUGGAAUUCAUACAGAAGCAAUAGCAGCUUUACCAAGUUUGAUGCUGAAUAUGGCAAGUGAUACAAGAAAAGGGUACAGAUGCAAAAUCCAUGGUCCUGUAGGUAUUGCUGCUUUUAUUGAAGCUGCGUGCACGUUUUCUUGAUUAGAUAAAUUUGACAUUAUAGAGUAUGGGGAUAGAGAUGUAAACACUCAUAUAUCGAGAAUCACCACAGAAAGAAGCUAUAAAGAUGAAAAUAUUUCUGUCAAAAUCGUCUCACUCAAUUCCUUUGAUGAACGGUGACUGGAAAUGCCUGAUGGGAAUAGAUUAAGAAUGCCUAGGGAGUCAUGUGCAAGCUAUUUCAUCGAAUGCAUGGCGCAUCCUAGGAAAUUUAGAGUUGAGAAAGCGAAAGAGCUUGGAGUCCCUCCUGGUAAAUUGUUUGGAAGACUAGCAAAUGGAGAAACAUUAGAAAUCAAUGGAAGGGUGAUCACUCCUGAUGAUGUACUUGACCCUCCUUCCAAGCCACCUGCAUUUGGAGUAAUUGAUAUUCCUUCAAUUCAAUAUUUAUACCCUCACAUUUCUGAUGUGAUUUGUAACUAUUUUACUGGAGAAUUUGACUUUUCAGCACUUAUUCAUAUGUCGCCCACCACAGUUCUUUUAGAUCCUGGGUAUCAAACCUUCUUAGAAAUGAUGCCUGAAGGCACAAAAAAUAUCGUUUUUAAUAGACAUCUUACAGCAAAUUUUAAAAAUACAAUGCAAACUCCGAUUUUUAGAGGAUCAGAUAUUUUAUUGACUGAGUUAAAUGCUGUUUCACCUAAAAAUUUCAAGCUUACUCCCCCCCACUCCGUGAGUGAAACAAAACCAUUAGAAAAAUCCCUAUUUUUUGCCCAAAAAAAACCCACCCUCCGUGAGUGAACAAAAAUUUUUUUUAAUAGAAAAAUUUUUAUGGAAAAAAAAUUUGAGAUAUAAGUGAUAAUUAGUAUAAUGAAAUCUAGAGCUGAUUCUGUUUAAUUUAAAACGAAUUGCUUUUUAAAACAUAAAUUUUAUAAAUUAAAUUAUUAUUUGCUUUCCAAUUUUUGCGAAUUAGGAUUUUUUUAAAUUUCGAAAAAAAAAAUUUUUAUAAAAUUUAUAUAUAAAUUUUUUUAAUAAAAAAAAAUUUAACCCUCCUCCGUGAGUGAACAAAAUUUUUUUGUUCACUCACGGAGGGGGGGGAGUUAGUACCGAGAUGUAUGAAAAAGUUGAUCUUUUGCUUGAAGAAAAUAUCAAGAAAAAUUUCAAAAAUUUAAUAAUCCCUCAGUUUAAGGCGAAACUUAACCUUAGCCCUCCUGAGAUGAAUGGAACAAUUGAUGAGACAGACUGCUUAGACCCUUUAAACCCAGAAGAAAUAGUGAAAAGAGUGACAGAUAUGGAAUGUCCUCCAUUUCUGACUUUAAACAGGAUUUCUUAUGAAGACUUCAUUGAUAUGUCUCAGCCUAAUUCUGAUCCAGCCGUACUUUUGUUAGGCACCGCUUCAAUGAAGCCAGGAAAAUACAGAAAUGUCAGUGGAAUUUGAAUCGGUGAAUUUGGCUCAAGCCUUCUUUUUGACUGUGGAGAAGGCACUUAUGGGCAACUCUGCCGGCAUUUUGGGGAAGAUAUUAAUCAAGCUUUAAUAGAUAUCAAAACCAUUUUUAUUUCCCAUUUGCAUGCCGAUCACCACUUAGGCACAAUCAAACUGAUUUAUGAGAGAUCCAAACUCACCAAUGAGCCCAUCACGAUUAUAGCUCCCAUUGCAUACCAAAUUUACUUACAAAUCUGCAAUGAGCUGAUGGGACCUUUAUUAUUUAGAUUUGAGCCUAUAACAAACAACCACAUAUUGCCUAAUUUCUCUUCAGUCCAAUGCAUAAAAGUAGAUCACAGCAUAGAAGCAUAUGGGUUUGUAAUCCAGCACCAAACAGGCUGAAAAAUCGUAUAUAGCGGGGACACAAGACCUUGCCAGGCACUUGUAGAAGCAGGUAAUAAUGCAAGUUUGCUGAUUCAUGAAGCGACCUUUGAUGAUGACUUAGCUGGAGAUGCAAGUGAAAAAAUGCAUAGCACUAUUGGAGAAGCGCUUAAUGUGGCUGUACAAAUGAAUGCUUGAAAGGUAGUGCUAACUCACUUUUCCCAGAGAUACUCGAAAAGGCCUCAAAAUGCGCAGGUUGACGCUGUUGUAGGAUUCGAUUUGAUGAAGAUUAAGCUGUCUGAGUCUUAUGAAGCUGUGCAAAAUGUAAAUAGAUUGCUCAAGCUGUUUGAAGAGACUGAAAAAAUAGAAGGAGAAGAGGAGCAGGCAUAA